AUGGACCGAAAGCUUGUGGUCUUGGGUAUUCCAUGGGAGAUUGAUACCGAGGGUUUGAGAGAAUAUAUGAGAAAAUUUGGCGAAUUGGAGGAUUGUAUUGUUAUGAAGGAACGAUCAUCAGGUCGAUCUCGUGGUUUUGGAUAUGUGACUUUUGUGUCAGCUGAAGAUGCUAAGGCUGUACUAUCAAGUGAACACUUUCUUGGUAAAAGAACACUGGAAAUUAAAGUGGCCACCCCAAAGGAGGAGAUGCGAGCACCUUCAAAAAAAGCAACAAGGAUAUUUGUGGCCAGGAUUCCACCAUCCGUGACAGAAACUACCUUUCGAAGUCAUUUUGAGAAAUAUGGGGAGAUAAUAGACCUAUAUAUGCCAAAAGAUCAUAGCUCAAAAGCACAUCGUGGAAUUGGGUUCAUCACAUAUGCUAGUGCAGAUUCUGUGGACAAUUUGAUGGCUGAAACUCAUGAAUUGGGAGGCUCUACUGUAGUUGUAGAUCGAGCAACACCUAAGGAAGAUGAUUUUAGGCCAAUAGGUAGAGGGUCACCUGGUGGAUAUGGUGCAUACAACGCUUAUAUUUCUGCAGCUACUAGAUAUGCAGCGCUUGGUGCUCCCACCUUGUAUGAUCAUCCUGGACCAUUCUAUGGAAGAGGGGAAUCAUCUAGAGGAAUGGGCAAAAAGAUCUUUGUUGGAAGGCUUCCUCAGGAAGCAAGCGCUGAAGAUUUGCGCCAGUAUUUUGGUAGAUUUGGCCACAUAUUAGAUGUAUAUGUUCCCAAGGAUCCCAAGAGAACUGGCCAUAGAGGUUUUGGAUUUGUAACCUUUGCUGAAGAUGGGGUAGCAGAUCGUGUAUCUCGAAGAUCUCAUGAGAUUUGUGGACAUCAGGUUGCAAUAGAUUCAGCCACACCUAUUGAUGAUGCUGGCCCAAGUGGAAAUUUUGUGAUGAGUGGUCCUGAACCUUUUGGGAGCUAUGCUGGUCCUAUGCGCAACUUUGGCAGGAUGUAUGGAACCCUGGAUUAUGAUGAUGCAAGUGCAUAUAUGGUUCCUUCUAAACAAUUUGUUAAACGAAACAUUCUUUUGUUUGCAGUGGGGUUAUGGAAUGGGGAGUGCAAGACCUUCAAGAGCAGAUUGGAGGUACAGACCGUACUAGACAAAGGAUUGUGGCCUUGGAAAACUAGGAUUGCUCCCCAAAUUCUUAAUGAGAUGUCAGCAAGUUGUGUAUCAUCUGUGGAUUGA